UCCCUCAUCACUUCUAUAAAACGAGGCCUCCAGCCGAGAACUGUUCCCGACGAAACCCUCCUGUCUCCGUUCGUUCAUCCAUCUCACUGACUACUGCCAUGACCUUUGUCGCUCCUCCUGGCUACCAGCCAAUCUAUGGUCCCAGCAUCCCCUACCUGGGGCCCAUCUAUGGAGGCCUGAGGGAAGGGGUGUCCAUCUACCUCCAGGGGUCCAUCCCUGACGACAUCACCAGGUUCUUCAUCAACCUGCUGUGCGGCGAGUCCGAGUCCAGCGACAUCGCCCUCCACUUCAACCCGCGAUUUGACGGCUGGGACAAAGUGGUCUUCAACAGCUGUCAGAAUGGAUCCUGGGAUUCAGAGGAGAAAGUUCGCAGCAUGCCCUUCAGCAAGGGCGAGGCCUUUGAAAUGGUCAUCGUCACCAGUUCCCAGGGCUACCAGAUCAAAGUCAAUGGAAGUGACUUCUACACCUUCGAACACCGUAUCCCUUUGCAGCGAGUUUGUGCAAUGCAGAUUGCAGGAGAUGUUUCCGUCCAGACGAUCAAUGUCAUAGGGGGAGGAUAUCCAGGAGGUGGCAUGGGGGGAGGAUACCCAGGAGGCAUGGGAGGCGGCAUGGGAGGAGGCAUGGGAGGAGGCAUGGGACCGGGAGGAUAUCCAGGAGGUGACAUGGGGGGUGGAUAUCCAGGAGGGAUGGGAGGUGGUAUGGGGGGAGGAUACCCCGGAUCAAACCUGCCGUCUAUGAGUGGGCAGCCGGUCUACAACCCCCCCGUGCCCUACUACAACAUGAUCCCAGGAGGGAUGUUCCCUAAGAGGACCCUCAUCAUCAGAGGCAUGGUGCCCUACGGCGCAGACAGAUUUUCCGUCAACUUUGUGGCGAGCAGAUCCCAGGACAUCGUUUUCCACAUGAACCCCAGGGUGAGGGAGGGCAUUGUGGUGAGAAACAGCAGGAUCGGAAACGAAUGGGGUCAGGAGGAGAGGGAGCUCAGCUCCAGCCCCUUCAUGGAGGGACAGUACUUUGAUAUGUCGAUUCGCUGUGGGAACCAGAGGUUUAAGGUGUUUGUGAAUGGACAGCAGUUGUUUGACUUCUGCCACCGCUUCCAGUCCUUCAAUGAGAUCGACAAGGUCGAGAUCGAUGGCAACGUGCAGAUCUCCUACAUCCACUUCUGAGAGCACGCACGCACGCACACACACACACACACACACACACACACACACACACACACAGAUAGAUACACACUGAUGUAUUCGUUCUGUACAUGUUUCAUUGCUAUGUCAGCCUCUGUGUCGAUCAAUAAUCCUGCUGUAUGAACAUGAAUCUUGAAUAGGAAAAAAAGGUUACCUCAUUAUCUGCUGUACUGUGUCACAUCUGGUUAAUUGAAUGAAUGAACAUGCCAAUAGCACAUUUGAUAUGAAGGAGAUCAAUACAUAAAAUCUCAUUCACGGAUGAACAUUUAUUUCUUAUACAAAAUACUGUACGAACUGUAUAUAAAAAAAUCUGUUUACAAAUCAUAACAGUGACAAUAAUAAAGGCAGUUAUAGUA